UUCAAUUUUCAUUUCUGUGAUAUUCUAAUAAUCUUCAACAGAAUUAUUAUAUUUAAGUUGGGCCAUCCCCAAAAAGAACGAUUGCAGUUUAUUGUUUACGUUUCGCGUCUGUUUGGAGGUAGUGAAUUUGCUACUAAUCCAGAACGAAGAUGUGAGUAUCAAGUGGGGGUACCCCACUUAGAUCUUCCCAGCAAGCCUGAUGUACUCCUAUACGGAGAACAGCGUUUCUAUGUAAUUCAUUUUACAAGUUAAGUUAUAAUCAAUUUUUAAGGUUGUAUAAAUCAUUACUGCGGCGGAACAUUUUUUUUGGAAUCAUUGCUACGAAAAGAAUCCACUACAGACAAGGAAGAAACACUGGUGCUUCAUAGAAAUUUACACAAAUGGGGCAAUCUGGAUCUUUACCGAGUCAGAAUAAUGAUAGAGAAGCAUUGAGAGGAAGGAUUCAAGAAAUUGAAGGAAAUAACGAAAAUGAAAGAGUGCGUGAUUCACGAUCUCGAAACUUAUGGGACCGAUUGUCUUCGGUAACUCAUAUGCUGGGUUGGAAUCGAGAAAAGCGCCGUCCUGAUUUACGAGAUGAACGAAGAGACAAUACAUCGAUUGUAGAAAAUAAUCACCGACAGAAUCGAUUACGGACUAAUUCGAUGAACGAUCGCCGACAAAGGCGUCCAUCGAUACGAUCCUUAAGUCCUAGAGCUGCCUCAAGUUUAACACGACCAAGAGAAAGUUUAGAGCAUAAUUUACAGGAUAGAGAUACUCAUCGAUUAUCGGCUUUUCAAUUAGCUCAACGGGAGUUUGAACGUGCGGAGAGGCAAUUCCGCUCAAGUAUAGCGGCUUUGCAUGGAUUUAGUCUAAACCAAGACAACCAAAGUACGAGAGAAGAAGGUCAUUCUUCUCCAAACGUCGAAAGAAGUGCUACUAAUCUGAAUAAUUUGACGGACAGUCAUGAAACAAGCCAUUCACAUCAUCAUGGAGAAUUAAGCGAACAAUCUAAUACUCAUAUAGACGAUAUUAAUAUGGAGAAUUAUACCAGAAGCGUUAUGAAUUAUCUCAAUAUGCAUGAAAACCAGCAAGAGCGAGCACCCGUGCAAAAUGAUGGUCAAUUAGCCAUGCUGUCGAGGUUCAUAUUCUCUGUGGCUUCCGGCUGGGUGACAGUCUUAAUGAAUUCUUCUACUGCUCAUAGAGAGAGUCCAUUGCAAACACCGUUAACUUCAGAAGAAAGACCAAAUUCUGGAAAUGAGUCGUUUGAAGAAUUUCUUACUCUGUUGCGUUCGGGUCAAUUGAUGGAAGCGAUGCACCCCGAAAACAAUACUCAUCAAGACGAAAUGGACGAAGAUGUAUCGUCAAUCAAUUUAUUUCGAACUUUUCGAUUUGAUUCACUUCACAGGAACCACGAGGGUCAAAUAGUUAUCCCAAUCAUUAUUGUCGGAAUCCGUAGCUUACGAUCGAACACAAACGAGGAAGAUGAUGGACAAGGUCAAGAAGCUCAAAACCUAAUGCAUCCUUCAGAUUUCCUUUCUUCUUUGGCCAAUGAUUCUCAAAAUUUGUCAUCUCUAUCGGAACAGUCAAAUGAUUCUCAAAAUUUGUCAUCUCUAUCGGAACAGUCAAAUGAUUCUGAAAAUGUCAGAAAUGAACAAGAAACUUCACAAGAAUGUGCACCGACAGAUUCACCAGCUGCUUCCAAUCAGCAAGGUGUACCUGUUUCAUCUUUGGAUGAUUCCGACAACCACAGCCAUGUAUCGGCGGAGCAUGCACAGCCUAGAAGCUGGGCGAUUUAUGUUCGGGAGGCUUUUCUUCCAGAAAACCAUCCAGUUUUGCGUGCUCCAUCGUUGUUUACGGAUACACCUACGUAUGAGGAUAUGUUGCUUUUGAAUUCGAUCAUUGGAAGUGUCAAACCUCCGGUUGCGGCGCAAAAAGACCUUGACCGAGCAGGAGGAAUUUUUUCUAUGAUGGAGCCGAAUGACAGAUGCUUGGUUUGUUUAUCAGAUUAUGAGCAAGGAGACGAAUGCCGUCGCUUGUUGAGCUGUGAACACUUUUUCCAUCGAGAAUGUAUUGAUAAAUGGUUGCUUUCGAGCCAAAACUCCUGUCCUCUUUGCAGAGCCAAAGGAGUUGCAUCAGACGCGGUCGCCUUUUAAUUACUAUGGAAAAAUUUGCAUAGAGAAUAUUUCAUAAAUAGAAACGGCGCAAAUAAAGAAGAUGCUGAAGAUGCCUGUAUAAUAUAAUAAUGAUGACUUGUUGAAAAGCAUACAACAGAAGAAAGAAAGAGAGAGAGGGGCAUAAAAAGAUUUCUUUAAAAUGACUGACUAUCUUUCUAUACUAAAAUUAUAUCUUGACGAAAGGAAAAAGAAAAGUAUAAGCAACAGAUACUUGUAAGUAUGCUACUUUGCAAAAGCUAUUAGGAGAUGAUUAUAUAUAAUAAACAGUUUAUUUUCUGCCAAAUGGUUUCACCGGAGGGGAAGAUUGGUAAGAAAGAAGGAUAGAAAGGACCGUAAAAAAAGAAGAAAAUUAAAUAACUAAAAAAAGAAAGAAUC